GUCCAUUUUCUAACAUUUUGAUUACAAAUUUUGCAGUUAUUUUUCGAUAUCAGCGAGGUUAUAACAGUUUUCCAAAAUCAACUCAAGGAUAUCAAGAAUCAACUCAAGUCAUCUUUCGAGGUUUUGAAAAUUGGUGAGAAUCAAGUGGGAAAUCAACUAACAUAUAUACUGAAUCAACUCAAGUCAUCUCAUUCUCAUAUUCCACUUAAUGGUGAUGCUGAAUUUAUGGAGUCUGAUAGUGACGCAGAUGAGGCUUCAUCGACGCCACCUGGAAUGAGUGAGAAAACAACAAAAAAGGGUCGAGGUAGAACAAAAAUGCUCAAGUCAUGGGGUAAUGAAAAAUUUGAGGUUCAGAUUAAUGACCUUAAUCAAGCCAUAGGAGAGAAUGCAGCAAAACUUUCGAGCCAAAUGGGCCGUGUAGCAAAGAAUGGCAGUCGAUUUCCUCUUACGGUUACAGAUUGGAGGAAAAUUGACAAAUAUAACAAGGAAAUAACUUGGUUGGAGUACAAGGCAAACUUCUCGAAUUGAAGAUAAUUUUAAACAUCAGUUCUUAAAGAAGUUGGGCGUAAUGUGGAAGAAUUGGAAAUCGGAGGUAAAAAAAUCUUAUUAUUCUAUGCAUGAGACGGAUGUCGACCGAUUGGCUAAUUGUCCUGACCUUGUGGAAAAAGACCAAUGGCCUACUUGAGUUCAUUAUUGGAGUUCUAGUAGUGUAAAGGUUCGAUAAUUGUAUAUGUUUUCCUUUUAUAUUUCUGGAAUUAUAAUUGGAAAUUGUACUGAACUUACUUAAUGUAAUUUGCUUAUUUUCUAUGUAGGAAAUGAGUCUAAAAAAUGCUUCGAACAGAGGUAACCAAAAAGUGCCGCAUGGAACUGGAAAAAAGAGUUAUGCUGUCGUGAGGAAUGAGAUGCAAAUGGAAAACGGUGAAGAUCCUACAGACUAUGACUUUUGGAUGGCGACACAUGUUGGUUUUGCCAAGAGCACAUUGGAUAAGAAGACUUCUAAAUUUAUUGGAAAGCUUAAACAAUUAGUUUCAAGAAAUCCAGAGGCCUUGAAAAACAAAGACGUGAAAGAUCAACUUUUGGCCAAGUUUUUGGCUCCAGAGAAACCAGGUCAGAUGAGAAAGUACGGUUUCGGUCCAACACCCAAUCAAAUUAACGCCAUAAAAAAUCAAAAGAAAAUUGUUGAUGAGAAAGUUUCGGUACUUGUUGAUUCCAUCCGAAAGGAAUUAAAGGAAGAGAUACUAUCUGACUUACGUGCUGUGAUAGAAGAAAUAGUUCGAGAUAUCAUACGGUCUCAAACGAGAAAAAACUCUUUGGCACAAGAAUCUAGUGAAUUUUUAGCUCCUUCCGUGGCUAGACAAGACAUUGGAGUUCCGGAGCCAAACUUAGUUCCGGAGUCUUCAAAUACACCAGUUAAUAGAGAAGAUGCUCAUGUAGAGUCACAUGCACCUUCAAAAUCAUCUAGCAGGCCUCAAGUCCAAGAAACGGAUGCGCGAAUUCAACAAUCAAGUGCAAACAAGGACAAACUUAAAAAGAGAAAACUUUAUGGGAGUGUAAGGAGUAUUUGGAAAAGUUGAUGUUUGAUGUGAAGUUGAAGUAUCACGGCAGACCAUUAAGGAAGACACUAUAUGGUACAUUGGAGCAAGGAUAUGCAUGCCACUAAUCAGCCAAAUCUAAUUAAUUUCAAAGUUAUUUGUUUUUAAUUUGUUGUUUUUGUCAGAAGUAUUAAUACUUCAAGUUCAAGUGUUGUUUUGAAGAUAUAUUUUGUAAAGUUUGGUAUACUUUUGGAAAGCAAGAAUUCAUGUUUUGAAGAUAGAUUUCAUAAAGUUUGUUAA